GAAGAGAAGGUGGGUGCGUUCCCAAACAAGGGUUUGCUUGAGAUCAUGAUAUCAGCAGAGCACACACGAGGCAGAGAGAGAGAGAGCGAUGAAUCAAUUUUCAACGGUCAUUGACCGUUAUUUUUCCCGCCAAAGGUGUCCCCGUCUCAAUUUCAACACAUUCCAUAAUCAUCAUCAUCGUUUUAGUUCGAUUCAACGAUCAUAUCUCCAACCCACUUCACACGCUUCAAUCCUUCAAGAAGUGAAAGAGCUAAUAAAGCCCCUUCAACAAGUUCAUGCCAACAUAGUCACCUCUGGUCUCUCUCAAAACAUCUUUCUUUCCAACAGAUUAACGAAUUCAUACGCUUCAUGCGGACUCCUAGACGACGCUGAUCAGAUUUUCCAUCGAAUUCCCUGUAAAAAUGUAGUUUCUUGGACGAUUCUGAUAUCUGGGUAUGUGAAAAAUAGCCUUUUCGUCGAAGCCAUUGAUGUCUUUCGCGCAAUGGUGGUAAUUAGUGGCUUACAACCAAAUGCAAUUACGAUUUCAAGCAUUCUACCUGCUUUUGGCAACGUGGGUUUGAUCCAGAUCGGGAAAUCGGUCCACUCUUUUUGGAUUCGACACGGUUUUGGAACAAAUGUGUUUGUGGAAACCGCCAUGGUUGGUAUGUAUUCGAAAUUUGGACGCAUAAGUGUUGCUCGGCAAUUGUUUGAUAAUAUGUCGGAGAGGAAUACUGUUUCGUGGAAUGCUAUUAUUUCGGGUUAUUCUGAUUAUGGGUUUGGUGAAGAAGUGUUUAGACUUUUCAGUUUGAUGCGGAGAGAUGGGUUUUCUACAGAUUGUUUUACAAUAAUGAGCUUAAUAUCGGCUGCUUUAAGUAUAGAGGGUUCACGGGUAGGCGUGGAAAUCCAUAGUUUUGCAAUAAAAACAGGGUUUAAUAACGAUCAACUUGUUAGGACUGCUUUGAUGAAUAUGUAUGUAAAUGAAAAAUGCAUUGAGGAUGCUUAUUUGAUCUUCAAUGAGAUGGUUGUGAAGGAUGUGGUUGCUUGGACCUUGAUGUUAACAGGGUUUUCAAGUGGUCAGUAUUGGAACAAGGCCGUAGAGCAUUUCAAUGAGAUGAUGAGAUUAGAAGAAUUAGAAUUGGAUUCUGUUGCUUUGACAGGCAUUCUGUCGAGCUGCUGCAGUUUAGGAGCCCUGCAGGAAGGCAGACGGGUCCACGCAUUGACAGUAAAAACAGGAUUUUCACAUGAUAUGUUUGUGGGAUCUGCUAUAAUAGCCAUGUAUGCAAACUGUGCAAAUUUAGAAGAAGCAAGAAUUUUUUUUCAAGAGAUGGAGGAAAAGGAUGUGGCAUGCUGGAAUGCUAUGAUUGCUGGAAAUGGGAUGAAUGGGUAUGGUAAUGAUGCGAUUGAUCUCUUUUUGAGGAUGAAAGGUUCAGGCAUUAAUCCAGAUGAAUCGACUUUGGUGUGCAUCUUGUGCGCUUGUAGUCACACUGGGAUGGUUGAUCAAGGACUUCGUAUUUUCAAUCAUAUGGUUGAAAGUUGGAAUAUAGUUCCUAAUUCAAGGCAUUAUGCUUGUGUUGUUGACCUUCUUGGCCGUGCAGGGCGAUUAAGUGAUGCUUAUUCAUUGGUUAAUAGCAUGCCAUUGAAUCCAGAGUUUGAGGUUUAUUGUGCCUUGCUUAGUGCCUGUAAAGUCCAUGGCAAUAUUGAGUUGGGGAUUGAAAUUUCAGAGAAACUAUUUCAGUUGGAGCCAAAUGAUGCUGGUUACUACGCAUUGCUCUCAAACAUGUAUGCUUUGGCAGGAAACUGGGAGGGUGUGAAGAUGACUCGAGUGUCAUUGAGAUCAAAAGGACUAAAGAAGGACCCAGGUUUUAGUUCAAUUGAGAUAAAUGGAGAAUUGUACACAUUCAUGGCUGGACAGAAGGAUCAUCCCCAAUACUCUGAAAUUGAUGGGCUAUUAAAUUACAUGAUACUAAAAAUAAAAGAAGUGGGUUAUGUGCCUGACACAAAAUUUGUACUUCAGGAAUUGUCAGAUGACGUGAAGAGGGAUAUCCUAUAUCAUCACAGUGAGAAGUUGGCUAUUGCUUUUGGAUUGGGGAGAACAAAGCCUGGAACAAUCAUUCGGAUCACAAAGAAUCUCCGAGCAUGCAAUGACUGUCACUCUGCAAGCAAGUUGAUUUCCAAAGUUUUUGAAAGAGUUCUUCUUGUUAAAGAUGCUAAACGCUUCCAUGUUUUUCAAGAUGGAGUUUGUUCCUGCAAAGACUAUUGGGGAAUGAUUCAGUCAUCCAAGAUACUGGGUCUAUUAUGCUCGGGGAUUAACCUGAAAGUUACAAGAUCUGGAGGAGAAUAUAAAGAAGGUGCAAUUCUUAUUUUACAAUUCUAAGAUGUUUUGGGGUCUUUGGUUGGAUCUUUACUAUACUUCAUUAAGGUAUUAUCAUUACAAGACCAGCAUUGUUUCAGUUUGAGUUGAACUGCCACUUGAAUGCCUUUGGAGGAUUUCAUGGUAACCAACACCACAAGACACUAUAGAUACAUAAAAUCAUUUGAUAUAUAUAGAAAUAUAGAUGCAUCUAUAUAUAAUACUAGAUGGAGUGGAGGAAUUAGAGAGUUGUCAUAGAUGAAACACUAUACAGGAGAAGAAAAGUAAAGAAAAUAAGUAAGUAGAUAAAUUGUUGUGUUGUUCUAUUUAAUGUAAAGGAAUUGACUCAAGUAAAAAUACAAGUUAAAUUACUUUACUGCUAUCGUUUUAUAUAUCCGCAUGCGUGUAUAUCUUUUGAGGUCUCGGACCAUUAAGAAUGAUGGUGGGAUUGUCCAUCAUCAUAUUUCAGUUUGUCACAAGACUCAACAUGGUGUCACCAUAACUGUUAAAAAAAAAUAUUUGUUACACCGGUGAACUUCUUAAGUAUGUUUUCUUCAUUGAUGUCUAUAGUACACUCGUAAGUUUUCUUUCUGAAAUACUAACUGAUAAAAAUAACAUAGUCCUACCAGGUAUUUGUUAUAAAAUAUCCAGACAUCAAUAAUGUAUACAUAUUAUUGAUACAUCCAAACCUUUACAUUCCAACACCUUCUAUGUUUUAAGUUAUUUGUUAAAAAGGAUAGAAUUACAAUGCAUUGCGCGUGCAUUGUCACUAGUAAAAGAAAAAAGGGAGAUAUAUAUUUAUAACAACCACAGAAUCACUUAUCCACUGGCUAUUAUUGUGGGUGAUAUUUGAGGUGAUCGGUAAAAUUAAAAUUGUCCUACCUGACCACAACACUGGGGUGAUGGUUACUAUAAUAAGAAUAUUCAUGGGUCUUUUGUUACAUCCAUUAUGAAUGUGUAAUCAUAGUAAAUGACAUAUGGUGAAAAUCACAGAGUAAACUUAUUAAGUAGCAAUUAAUGACCGGUAUAAAACUAACCACUUAUCUACCCUAAAAAAAAGAAGAAAAAGAAGCAAAUAAUGACCCAAGACUACAAAUGAUAAUGUAUAUAUAAUGUACCGACCAUGACAUCACACAAGGAAUAAAAUCACAAUGUUACAUUACAUGCAUUGGCUAACUUCUUUACUACAAUCCAGCUUUCAAAAUGCAUAAAAGUUUACUUCUGCAACCAAGUAUUGUUCAACUUGACACGCAAAACAACUUAAAAAAGAGAGGAAAAAAAAAAAAUAUAUAUAUAUAUAUAUCAAACUUUGCAUAGUUCACAUUUCUGAUAGAAAUUAUAGUUCGCAGCUAACCUUAUAGGGUUAGUGCGAGAAAAACGAGGGUAAAAUCACGGGUCAAUCAGCCACUUCUUGAGCAUUUGCACACUCAACUUCGAUAACUCAG